UAACAAUGGUUUACCCGAAAUCUUUGGUUUUACCGAGAAUUGAUGACAGCCCGCCGAUCCUUUUCGUAGACAACAUCCUUCAUUCAACAAAACUAGUGCAUGAUAUUCGCCGGCAGCGCGAAAUCGCCAGGGAGAACAAAGAGUUGCUUAAACGAAUCAACCGAAUAUGUAGAACCAAGGGUUUCCUGGGAGUGAAAUAUGAUUAUAAAUCGAAGAAAAUGGUAAACUGGGAAGCACGUGAACAGGAAGCAAAACAAAUUCAGCGUGCAAAUUUGGUACUACUCGCGAGGAUUUUAAACGUUCGACCUGAAAUAAUAAGAUCUGAACAGGAAAAAUCUUAUCGGAAUCUACUCCAAUACCGUGGUAUAUGUGCGAAGCACUCUAAGCAAAAUUUCAAAGACAUUCGAAAUGCGGAAACCAUCACUGACUCUCACAGCAUCAAGAUGGAAUUCUGUGAACACGAUGACCGACGGCUAGGAUGUAUCAAAAUACGAAUGUAUAAAACCAAUGUUCAUGAGUAUAUGCUGAGCGAAGGCAUUAAAUUCAUUAGGGGAGAGAUUUAUCAUAUUUAUAAGGAUCAGUACAUCGUAAUUCGUGGUCACUUUUCCGUAGACAACACUUUAAAUGAACGUAAAAAACAACUAAUUGAAAACGUUAAAAGGGGAUCUUUUGUGAGAGCUAUUUUGAAUGAUCAACCGGCAUUGCUAAUAACAUUAACAUUUUUCAAACGAUUGGCCAAUUGUCAACUUUUGGGCCAAGUUGUACCAACGAGUGACGCAUUGCUAAAUCUUUUGAACUACUAUGGGACGACUUAUGGGAGAUUGUUGGAACCUAUUUGUUUCCAAAUUAAAACGCAAAAUACAAAUUGA